AUGGCACACCAAGGACAAGCCGCCGAUUACUACAAUCAGACCAUGGGCGGCACUCCAUAUCAACAGCAGAACUAUCAGCAAUAUCCUCCUCCCAAUAAUGCGCCGCCUCAGCAUUAUCCACCCCCUCAGCAACCAUACCAACCGCAAGAACCCAAGUAUGGCGUUGCUCCUCCCACUUACGGCGACAACUUCAUCCCUCCUCAAGAUGACAAACAGACCUUUCAGCAGACGUUCAAGAUCCCUAAACCUAAAUUUCACGAUGUCUGGGCGGGAUUACUACUCAUCGCAACCUUCUGCGGAUUUGUCGCCGUUUCGGGACUCACUUUGUACCGCUACUCUAAAUACCAGAGUUUCAAUGGAGGAGGGAUUUAUGGAUCGUCAAACGACUUUUCCCUAGACACUAAUACCAUUGUGCUCUUCGCCUUUAUCCUAUGCGUUGGACUCGUCUUCUCCUGGGCCUACUUCCUCGCUGCUCGCGCCUUCACAAAACAAUUCGUCUGGCUGACCGGUAUCCUCAACUGUGCCUUGGCAAUUGGCACCGCUGUUUACUACCUGUAUCGACGCCUGUGGGGUGCAGGCAUUGUUUUCGCCAUCUUUGCUGUCUUUGCCGUCAUUUGCUUCAUCAGCUGGAUCCCGCGCAUUCCUUUCGCCGUGGUGAUGCUACAACAGACAAUGGUCAUUGCACGAAUGAAGCGAGUACACGUAUUCUUGGUCAGCUUUAUCGGCGGCAUCGCUAGUGUGGCAUUCGCAGCAUGGUUUUCUGUCACUCUGGUUGCAAUUUACACAUCCUACAUGCCGAGCGAUGCUGGCAGCACUGCCAAUCCGUCAUGUCCAGCUGCGGGCUGCUCGAGCGGCAAGGUUAUCGGGCUCGUGGUUUUUGUGACCUUUGCGGCUUACUGGAUCACAGAAUGGCUCAAGAACACUAUUCACACCACCAUUGCCGGCGUCUACGGUUCGUGGUAUUUCUGCGCCGGCAAGCCAGGUGGUAUUCCUCGAGGCGCAACCGCUGGAGCUCUGAGGCGGGCAACGACGUACUCUUUUGGCUCCAUCUCGUUUGGUAGUCUGAUCGUUGCACUGAUCAACAUGCUCCGACAAGCCUGCAGUAUUGCCCAGCAACAUGAAGCCGCAGACGGUAACAUCAUUGGAACCAUCAUGUUCUGCAUUCUUGGCUGCUUCAUCAGCCUUUUAGACUGGCUUGUCCAAUUCAUCAACCGGUACGCGUUCUCUCACAUUGCACUAUACGGCAAGGCAUACAUCCCGGCAGCCAAAGAUACGUGGACAAUGAUGAAAGAUCGUGGCAUCGAUGCCCUGGUCAACGACUGCCUAGUGGGCCCUGUCCUGACUAUGGGAAGCAUCUUCGUGGCAUACGUCUCGGCACUGCUGGCUUACCUAUACCUGGAAUACACCCAUCCGGCAUACAACGACGGGCGCACUUUCACCCCCGUCAUCAUGGCAUUUGCGUUCCUCAUCGGUCUGCAGAUAUGCCAGACUUUUACGACCCCGGUUGGAUCGGGAGUCGACACCAUCUUUGUGGCAAUGGCUUGGGAUCCCCAAGUUGCCAUGACGGAUCAUCCCGAGUUCUGGGAGCGGCUCGUGCAUGUGUAUCCUCGCGUCCAGCAAGUUCUCACUCACGUAUGA